CAGUCAGAUGCGCCAAAAUACAUAGCCUAUUUGGAAACUCUAGAGUUUGGAACUGCCCUAGGCAAUGAUUAACUUGCACACAGCUGACCUAAACUAUUUGUGAAAUCCAGUUUACUUUAUUCGGCAGUAAGCAUUUGUCAGAGUCGCAUGGGUUAUCUAUUUUGUAGGGAAAUGCGUGAACCAAAAUGUUUGUUUUUUGUUCUAUUGAUUUGGUGUCUCGGCACAGUACACGCUCAAGAUUCCCAACGAAGCUGCCUAAAACCCAAACUGGAUCGAGGUUAUUUUGACCUGGAUGAAGAAACGUACCCGCAUGGCACUAAACUUUACUAUGCCUGCGAUAAAGGCUGGAAACCUGUGGUUGAGGGGUGGUGGGGGAUGGUUAAGUGUGAGAACAGAAAAUGGUCCCACAUACCUCAGUGCAUAGAUGAGAACAACUGCAUUCCUCCAGAUAACCCUAAUGCUAAAGAGAAACCUCUUAAUGUGAAUGGAUGGUAUCCCAAUGGAAAAACUGUUUGGUUUGAUUGUGAUUUAACACAUGAAAUUAAGGGCUCUCCCUCAGCUAAGUGUGAGAAUGGGAGUUGGAGAGAAUUACCACUUUGUGUAGAAAAAUACGACUUGUGUCGAAAACCUCCUCCUGUUGUGACCAAUGCAGUUAUCAUUCAUAAAUAUCAGGACAAGUUCCCAGAAGGCUUUAAGUUAAAUUAUACAUGUCAGGAUUCAUAUACUUUGGAAGGAACUGACUCUACUGUUUGCCAAUCUGGAGGAUGGACCAAAGGUCCCACAUGCAUUGAAACUCCAUCCCCCACAGAGUGGCCCAGCACAGGUGAUGGAGGCAGCAGCACUUCGAGUGACAGAGGGAAUGGUGGCACGUCUAGUGGAGGGGACCGCAGCACGUCUAGUGGAGGGGACCGCAGCACGUCUAGUGGAGGGGACCGCAGCACGUCUAGUGGAGGGGACCGCAGCACGUCUAGUGCUCAAGAUUCCCAACGAAGCUGCCUAAAACCCAAACUGGAUCGAGGUUAUUUUGACCUGGAUGAAGAAACGUACCCGCAUGGCACUAAACUUUACUAUGCCUGCGAUAAAGGCUGGAAACCUGUGGUUGAGGGGUGGUGGGGGAUGGUUAAGUGUGAGAACAGAAAAUGGUCCCACAUACCUCAGUGCAUAGAUGAGAACAACUGCAUUCCUCCAGAUAACCCUAAUGCUAAAGAGAAACCUCUUAAUGUGAAUGGAUGGUAUCCCAAUGGAAAAACUGUUUGGUUUGAUUGUGAUUUAACACAUGAAAUUAAGGGCUCUCCCUCAGCUAAGUGUGAGAAUGGGAGUUGGAGAGAAUUACCACUUUGUGUAGAAAAAUACGACUUGUGUCGAAAACCUCCUCCUGUUGUGACCAAUGCAGUUAUCAUUCAUAAAUAUCAGGACAAGUUCCCAGAAGGCUUUAAGUUAAAUUAUACAUGUCAGGAUUCAUAUACUUUGGAAGGAACUGACUCUACUGUUUGCCAAUCUGGAGGAUGGACCAAAGGUCCCACAUGCAUUGAAACUCCAUCCCCCACAGAGUGGCCCAGCACAGGUGAUGGAGGCAGCAGCACUUCGAGUGACAGAGGGAAUGGUGGCACGUCUAGUGGAGGGGACCGCAGCACGUCUAGUGGAGGGGACCGCAGCACGUCUAGUGGAGGGGACCGCAGCACGUCUAGUGGAGGGGACCGCAGCACGUCUAGUGGAGGGGACCGCAGCAGGUCUAGUGGAGGGGACCGCAGCAGGUCUAGUGGAGGGGACCGCAGCAGGUCUAGUGGAGGGGACCGCAGCACGUCUAGUGGAGGGGACCGCAGCACGUCUAGUGGAGGGGACCGCAGCACGUCUAGUGGAGGGGACCGCAGCACGUCUAGUGGAGGGGACCGCAGCACGUCUAGUGCUCAAGAUUCCCAACGAAGCUGCCUAAAACCCAAACUGGAUCGAGGUUAUUUUGACCUGGAUGAAGAAACGUACCCGCAUGGCACUAAACUUUACUAUGCCUGCGAUAAAGGCUGGAAACCUGUGGUUGAGGGGUGGUGGGGGAUGGUUAAGUGUGAGAACAGAAAAUGGUCCCACAUACCUCAGUGCAUAGAUGAGAACAACUGCAUUCCUCCAGAUAACCCUAAUGCUAAAGAGAAACCUCUUAAUGUGAAUGGAUGGUAUCCCAAUGGAAAAACUGUUUGGUUUGAUUGUGAUUUAACACAUGAAAUUAAGGGCUCUCCCUCAGCUAAGUGUGAGAAUGGGAGUUGGAGAGAAUUACCACUUUGUGUAGAAAAAUACGACUUGUGUCGAAAACCUCCUCCUGUUGUGACCAAUGCAGUUAUCAUUCAUAAAUAUCAGGACAAGUUCCCAGAAGGCUUUAAGUUAAAUUAUACAUGUCAGGAUUCAUAUACUUUGGAAGGAACUGACUCUACUGUUUGCCAAUCUGGAGGAUGGACCAAAGGUCCCACAUGCAUUGAAACUCCAUCCCCCACAGAGUGGCCCAGCACAGGUGAUGGAGGCAGCAGCACUUCGAGUGACAGAGGGAAUGGUGGCACGUCUAGUGGAGGGGACCGCAGCACGUCUAGUGGAGGGGACCGCAGCACGUCUAGUGGAGGGGACCGCAGCACGUCUAGUGGAGGGGACCGCAGCACGUCUAGUGGAGGGGACCGCAGCACGUCUAGUGGAGGGGACCGCAGCAGGUCUAGUGGAGGGGACCGCAGCAGGUCUAGUGGAGGGGACCGCAGCACGUCUAGUGGAGGGGACCGCAGCACGUCUAGUGGAGGGGACCGCAGCACGUCUAGUGGAGGGGACCGCAGCACGUCUAGUGGAGGGGACCGCAGCACGUCUAGUGCUCAAGAUUCCCAACGAAGCUGCCUAAAACCCAAACUGGAUCGAGGUUAUUUUGACCUGGAUGAAGAAACGUACCCGCAUGGCACUAAACUUUACUAUGCCUGCGAUAAAGGCUGGAAACCUGUGGUUGAGGGGUGGUGGGGGAUGGUUAAGUGUGAGAACAGAAAAUGGUCCCACAUACCUCAGUGCAUAGAUGAGAACAACUGCAUUCCUCCAGAUAACCCUAAUGCUAAAGAGAAACCUCUUAAUGUGAAUGGAUGGUAUCCCAAUGGAAAAACUGUUUGGUUUGAUUGUGAUUUAACACAUGAAAUUAAGGGCUCUCCCUCAGCUAAGUGUGAGAAUGGGAGUUGGAGAGAAUUACCACUUUGUGUAGAAAAAUACGACUUGUGUCGAAAACCUCCUCCUGUUGUGACCAAUGCAGUUAUCAUUCAUAAAUAUCAGGACAAGUUCCCAGAAGGCUUUAAGUUAAAUUAUACAUGUCAGGAUUCAUAUACUUUGGAAGGAACUGACUCUACUGUUUGCCAAUCUGGAGGAUGGACCAAAGGUCCCACAUGCAUUGAAACUCCAUCCCCCACAGAGUGGCCCAGCACAGGUGAUGGAGGCAGCAGCACUUCGAGUGACAGAGGGAAUGGUGGCACGUCUAGUGGAGGGGACCGCAGCACGUCUAGUGGAGGGGACCGCAGCACGUCUAGUGGAGGGGACCGCAGCACGUCUAGUGGAGGGGACCGCAGCAGGUCUAGUGGAGGGGACCGCAGCAGGUCUAGUGGAGGGGACCGCAGCAGGUCUAGUGGAGGGGACCGCAGCACGUCUAGUGGAGGGGACCGCAGCACGUCUAGUGGAGGGGACCGCAGCACGUCUAGUGGAGGGGACCGCAGCACGUCUAGUGGAGGGGACCGCAGCACGUCUAGUGGUGAUGAGGCCUCACCCAAUGUCAGACCCUCUGCCAGACCACAACCUAGUGGCCCAUUUUUACCUGUUGAUAGCUGUGGAGAGAAGCCAACAGUUGAUAAUGGGGAUUUUAUCAGUGACUCUGACAGAAAUCGAAUGGCACUGACCUUCAAAUGCAUUAACUAUUAUAAACUUGUGGGCCCAGAGCAAGUGAUGUGUCAUAGUGAUAAAACGUGGUCAAAGCUACCCAUUUGUAAAGCUCCCUGUACCGUUGACAAAAGGACAUUUUACCUGCUGGAUCUUAAAAAGAUAUGUUUGUGAAGGAAGGAGAGAGUCAGACAUUUCUCUGUAAAGAAACUGAUUAUUGGAAAAAACCUUUUGUUGCUGAUGUUCGAUGUCUGAAUGGAGAUGUGACCACUGGCAGUUGUACAUUGGGCUGCAAACUGGACGCACGGCGUUAUUAUUGGUUGGAUCUUACACAGGAUAUGUUUCUAAAGGAUGAACGUCAGACAUUGAACUGUAAACAAAAGGAUUACUGGGGUCGUCCUCUUGUUGCAAAUGUUCAAUGUCAGAAUGGAUAUUUAACUUCGAACAGUUGUUACCAGCUAAACUAAUAUUUGGCCUGAUGAAUCAAUGCAACAAACCCAAAGCUGCAGCAAAUCCCCUGGAAGACAGGACUUCCCACGUUGGCCACCAAUCAAGAUCAUAAUAUGUUUGAUUAAGUUGCUUUUACAUUUGGUUCAUGAUAUGGAAUAUGCCUCAUAACACAGGGGGUUAGAAGGAGAGCAGAGAGGAAUGGAGGUCCACCAUCUUAGGAUAGGAGGCUGUCUGAGAAGAUUCAGACAGUCAUUCUGAAUGAUUCAAAAGUAAUGAAAAAUACAUGUUGAAUAUAAUAAUGGGAAGGUAAACAAUUGAUGAAAUAGUUCAUCAGCAAAACAUUUGAUAUUGAUCCUCUAUUCAUUUAAAGCAGAAAACUACUGAUUGUCAAUGAAAGUCGAAUCAAUAGAAUGUGCAGUAUACAAUGAAGAUGGAUGAAUGUAGAAAAUGUCAUGGCUUGGAUCUAUAUAAAAGAGAUAUAAUUAGA